GUCUACUUGUUUCGAACGCGCGAAUAUAAAAAGCAAGUGCUCGUUAGUGAAUUGCAAUCACAAUCGAAUCGACAAUUUAGCAGCACACAACGCGGACAACAAAUACGGCACGCAGACGCACGCACGCACGCACAGACGCACAUUACUCCAGAAGAAGCUGCGCAGAAGCAACAACAACCAACAAACACCUCAAAAAUGCGUAUUCUCACUUUGACGCUUGUGACAUGUGCAACUUUAGGCGCUGCCAGCGCAGAUGUCUCACAUUUGGCCAAACACUACAUGAUGAUGCCACCUGAUGUGACAGUUAGUCCAAAUAAUCGUAUGGCCGUAAACCAUCAGGGAGAGCACACUGUGACCACAAUUGAGAAGCAGGAAUUGCGCGAAUUGCCCACACAAACGGAAUAUCUGCAACCGGGACAGGUGCCUUACGGCGUCGUUGCCAACAAUCAUGGACCAAAUGGCAUGCGCUCCACUGAACAUGGUAUGGAGAAACCACUGACGAUGAUGAUGCCAAGAGAAUUGUUGCCACCACCACCACCAGCGCCAACAGCGACCGAGCCAACCAAAGUAGAGCAAGCAGCAACUGUUGCACCAAGCAAUCGUUAUUUAGCGCCAGCGAUGAGUGUAAUGCCAGAGGGACAGUUGAGAGAACACAGUGGCAUGCCUUCAAAGCAGUACUUGGCACCAGCAAUGAUGGCAAUGCAACAACAAAGGCAAGAAAAUAUCCCCAGCAGACAGUAUUUGGCCCCAAUGGUGAAAGAUCAAGAGCCACAGCAGACACAGCAACAACCACAACAGCAACAACAACAACAACCAACACCAGCUGCACCAUCACGACAAUAUCUAACCCCCAUGCUGAUGCAAAUGCAAGAGCAAAUGCGUGAAGUGCCUGCCAUGAGUGCACCAAGCAAGCAAUACUUGUCGCCAGCACCAACAAUGACAGUUAACGAUGAGCCGCAAUUGCAGCAACAAUCCGCGCCAGCGCCACAUUACUUGCCACCACAGCAGCAGAUGCACGAAAUGCCCGUCAAUCAGUAUUUAGCGCCACACGCAAGCGACAGCCACGACAUGCCAAUGCAACAGGUGUUGGAGCAAUCCAAGGAGAUGCCACAACCACCAGCAAUGCAGUACUUGCCACCCGCAAUGCAAAUGCAACGCGAGUUACCCGCCCCACCAAUGACUGUGGCGCCACAAAUGCAGCCAGCGCGCGAAUAUCUCAGUCCUUUCGGCGAAGCAGAAAAUGUUGCCGAGGCCGCGCAGGAAGUCGCCGAAAUGUUCGAUGAGCAGUCGGCACAACAACCAAUACCACCACCGUCAGCUGAGUUGGCAGAAGAACCCGCCAACUACUAUCUACCGCCACAAUCCGUUGACGCGCAGCCACUCAACUAUCAGCAAUAUCGCGCGCCGUCACUGUCCGAACCCUUGGCACCUGUUGACUUUGUGCGUCAACAUCAACAGCUGAUGACCCAAUACAAUGGCGUUCCCGACGCGCCGGUAUCUUUCGCUCAGUUCCAAUCGAUUAACAGCGCGGAACCCACUCUACAAACGGUGGCUGAACCGACACCAGCGCAUUACUUGGCCGAUGAUGGUUAUCAUUAUCGCGAUGGCGGUAAUAAUAAGGUACUUAGUAACGGUAACGCCGAUGCGCGUCGCUUCCGUGUGAGACAUUGA